GCAGCCGAGCCGGCGCUCGGACGGGACAUGGCAAGUUGUGUGGCCCGGAGGGCCCUGGCCGUGGGCAGCCGCUGGUGGUCCCGGUCUCUUACCGCGGCCCGAGGGUCGAGGCCGCUUUGUGCGGCGGGUGGAGCGGUGGCCUUCCCGCCAGUGGCAACUACGACGUCGCGGAGGCAUCUCUCGUCUCGAAACCGACCAGAAGGCAAAGUGUUGGAGACAGUUGGUGUGUUUGAGGUGCCAAAACAGAAUGGAAAAUAUGAGACUGGGCAGCUGUUCCUUCAUAGUGUUUUUGGAUACCGAGGUGUUGUCCUGUUUCCCUGGCAGGCCAGACUGUAUGACCGGGAUGUGGCUUCUGCAACUCCAGAGAAAGCAGAGAACCCUGCCGGUCAUGGUUCUAAGGAGGUGAAAGGAAAAACUCACACUUACUAUCAGGUGCUGAUUGAUGCCCGUGACUGUCCACAUAUAUCUCAGAGAUCUCAGACAGAAGCUGUGACCUUCUUGGCAAACCAUGAUGACAGCCGGGCCCUUUAUGCCAUCCCAGGCUUGGACUAUGUCAGCCAUGAAGACAUCCUUCCCUAUACUUCUACGGAUCAAGUUCCCAUCCAACAUGAGCUCUUCGAAAGAUUUCUUCUGUAUGAUCAGACAAAAGCACCCCCUUUUGUGGCUCGGGAAACGCUACGGGCCUGGCAAGAGAAGAAUCACCCCUGGCUAGAGCUCUCUGAUGUCCACCGGGAAACAACUGAGAACAUUCGUGUCACUGUCAUCCCUUUUUACAUGGGCAUGAGGGAAGCCCAGAAUUCCCACGUUUACUGGUGGCGCUACUGUAUUCGUUUGGAGAACCUGGACAGUGAUGUGGUACAGCUCCGGGAGCGGCACUGGAGGAUAUUCAGUCUCUCAGGCACCUUGGAGACAGUUCGAGGCCGAGGGGUGGUGGGCAGGGAACCUGUAUUAUCUAAGGAGCAGCCCGCAUUCCAAUACAGCAGUCAUGUCUCCCUGCAAGCUUCUAGUGGGCACAUGUGGGGCACGUUCCGCUUCGAGAGACCUGAUGGCUCCCACUUUGAUGUCCGGAUCCCACCGUUCUCUUUGGAAAGCAAUAAAGAUGAGAAGACACCACCCUCAGGCCUUCACUGGUAGACCAGCUGAAGCCCUGAAUGCCUAGGCUUGGCCCCUCAGAACAGGUCUCAACCCACAAUUGCUGCAGAACUCUUUUCUCUCCCCAUUAAGGGCCACACUGGGUCAUUUAAUCCUUUGCAACAUUUGAUUGUGGGGUUCUUUGGGGCGGGGGUUUGUAACUGUUUUCUUUGGAAGACCCACAUGGAACUCUUCUAAGGCUGGCCUCCUCAUAAGCCCUGCCUACACUGUGUCCAGUAAAUGUUGCCACCAGGGAACUGUGUUCAGCUGCCACAGAGGUGGAGGAGUUUCUUAGCCUGUCACUCAAGUUGUAUGGAAUAUGAGGUUUGGUUAAUAAACCAAUAUAUGCUUGGCCAUCCUUGCCAUUUCUGCCCUCAGGGUCUUUUCAGGUUCCCUUUCUGACCCAGUGGGGCCCUGGAUUGCUUUCCAUGCAAGGUCAUGUCUAGGGAACUGCUUCUACUGCUAAGGUUUCUUUUCCUUCUGAGACCAGCUGGAUGUCUCCCAGGGGUACUGUGCCUCUCAGCCAGUGGAUAGGCACUGGACUGGACUUUUAUUUAUUCUUUGCCAAGUGCAGAGGAGGAGGCCAAUUCCAGGGCCACAGUGGUCUGGCUCUUGGCACUAACCUACCACCCAUGUACCUGGCCUCGCAGGGCCUGGGAGAGGAGCGAGGCAAGCCAGUCAAGCUUCCUGCAGCAGUGAGCUUGCCAGCUGCAAAGAUGGAUCUGUCAAGCAUCCAGACCACAAGGGCAAGAAUUUGGCCAAGGAGCAGCUUAAGGUAUGGACACUGAUUGAGCCAAGCUACUUCCUGAGCUUCUCUCAGAUCUCCAAGAGCCAGAGAUGAAUUGGGAUUAUUUUGCCCCAAUUCUUAGGAUUCUUUUUUCCCCACCAUUGCAGUGAUUGUUAGAGGUCAUUUCAUUCUUGAACAAUUAUUAAAUCUUGGUUGCAGCCCUUGU